AUGAGUCCUGCCCAUGGUCGCUCGGGCAGUGGGAACUUUACUGAUCUGGCGAUGGAGGAAAGCAAUUAUCUGAGCGAAGACUUGCCGCUUCCGCCAGCCCGGCUUUUCGACCGUCUUAGCCAGCUGCCGGGCUUCACCUGGGACCAGUCGGUGGAGCCCUUUCACUCGACCUAUAAUCACUGGCACAUCACUGGAUUCCGCCAUGCUAUUGAAGCAGAUCUCUCUACCCCGGUCGCGACCUCUUCUGGCCCCGCUUCGUCCGGCCCAUCUAGCCUCACUCGCAAUUCCCCACGUAUCGACCUUCGCUUGGCCGCCCGCACCCUCAACCGGCGUCACAGCGUCAGUGAAACUAGCAGUGAGCUGUCUCUCUCCCGAGGCGACCAGGAGCAAAUAUGGAUUCCAGUUGUUGCGCGCAUCUCUACCAACGUAGUGCGACUGGAACGCGAAUUUCAUAUGUUGAGAUCGAUCGUACAAUCCUCGGACCCUGAAUGCAACCAUACUGUACGGCCUAUUGACCUUAUAAGACUACCCCCGGGUUCUGGCGACAACUCGACACUCCUUGUGGCUAUUUUUGAGCAUCCCGGCCAUGACAUGUUGCGAGAUAUAGUCACCUUCGGCCCAGCAUCAUUUGUGGCUGGGGCAAGAGGCGACAAUAACACAACCCCCAACGAACAGGUCGACCUGUCCGCUUUUUUAGAUUUUGCAGUUGGUGCUUGUGAUUGUCUAGAGAUACUGCACUAUGGGAUGAAGACGGUACACGGAGAGAUUCGUGGUGAUGCGUUUCACUUUUGCGCCGAAACCGGGACUGUCAAGCUCUCAAAUAUCGGCAACGGUGCACGCUCAUUUGACAAUGUUCUCAGCGAAGGUUGGUCCUCGGUUUCCCGAGAGCUUGGUGCCAAAUACAAGCUGCAAUUCAUUGCACCUGAACAGACAGGCAGAAUGCCCACGGAACCGGACAGUCGCACAGAUAUCUACGCCCUGGGCCUUUUCUUUUGGUCUAUGUUGGUUGGAAAAUUACCGUUUGAGGGCACGGAUCCUAUGGACGUUGUUCAAAAUGUACUGGGCAAGAAGUUGACACCCAUCUCUUCCAAGAGAAUGGACGUUCCCGAUGCGCUUUCGGCCGUGAUCCAGAAAAUGACACAAAAAGUGGCACAUGAUCGUUACCACACAAUUUCAUCCGCCAAGAAAGAUUUGAUGCAGAUCGCACAAUUGCUAGGCGAUGGCGAUGGCGAAGCUUUGAAUAGCUUUCAGAUUGCACAGCAGGAUGUCUCCUCAUUUUUCACCCUUCCAUCACGAAUGUUUGGUCGACAGAGAGAGUACGAACUUAUCUGCAGCGUGAUUGACAAAGUCAAGAAGCGCCAAUCAUCUGCUCUCGCCAAAGCGUCCUCACAAAGCCCAGGAACUGCGCAUGCACUAGCUUCGACAUCGUCCAUUUCGGACGGCCGUGUUGACAGCUUUGAGUUUGCCUCUAUGUCCAGUGACUCUGGAUCAUUCCACCUACCUCCUCGGACGAGUUCUAAUGCGACAAGUUAUCAUCUAGCCCAUGUCGGCACUCAUGAAUCAACUGUUACCACUGAUGCGGGCUCAUCGACACCCAAAUCUGGGCCAAUCCCAACCAGCCAAGAAAUACCUCUGAAUUCAUUGUACAGCAAAACCAAAAGCCCUUCUCUCUCUCGAUCCUCUCACAACACCGAUAGAGAGAGCCAUCCGUCGAUUCACACCGGUAGCAACAGCCAGCAUUCAACCAAUGCCUUCAGUCAACCAGACUCUCUGAGCUCUCUAGCAAAGCAGAAGAGUUCCGCAAAGAUUCGCCAAAAUGGACGAUGUGAAGUGAUAACAAUCAAUGGCGCUGCCGGCAUUGGAAAAACAGACCUUCUGAAUCGGGUUCAGCCAAUCAUCCGUAAAAUUGGGUUUAUCGCAAUAUCAAGACUUGACCGUGCGAAACGAGUCCCGUUUGAGCCCUUUGCCAAGAUUCUUGCUAGUCUCUUGCGUCAAAUAUUUUCCGAGAGGGAUGUCACGACCGAAUAUCACAAUAGUAUCCGAGCGGCUCUGCGUCCAAUAUGGCCUACACUUCACAGAGUGUUAGACCUACCCGAACAACUCAUGUCGCCUGGUGUGAAGUACAAGCCAUCGUCACUGCGGACUGCCGCCAGCUCCCAACCUAAGCUUGACCCAACUAAGGGCGAACCAGCUAAGCAUAUCCAUAUUCCCUGGCUUGACCAGGGCCAAUCAUCAGUAGAUUUCUUUCUGUCAAAUGCAGCAUCAAACAAUAUGCGCCUCAUGGAUAUCUUCUUGGAUAUUAUGAGAACAAUUUGUCAGUACAGGCUCAUAACUGUGUGCUUGGAUGAUCUCGAGUAUGCAGACGACGAGACCCUGGAACUCGUUUUGAACAUUAUUAGGGCCAAGUUGUCCUGUGUACUUAUCCUCACAAGUCGCAAGGAUGAAAUUGCUUCCGAGCAAGUGAAAACUCUAUUCGAGAUGGAAAGCUCUAACGUUACCCGCAUUGAUCUCCAACCACUUGGAGAAGGCGAGAUCACGGAGUUUAUUGCUGCCACAAUGCAUCAAGAGCCCAAUUCGACACUCACUCCACUCACUGCUGUCAUUCAGGAAAAAAGCCGAGGAAAUCCCUUCUAUGUAAGAGUGAUGCUUGAAACUUGCUAUCGGAAGAACUGUCUUUGGUAUUCUUGGAAGGACUCGCAGUGGCUAUUCGAUCUCGAUAGGAUUUUUACGGAAUUUGUAGCCCCUGUCUAUGGCGAAGGCCUCGGAUUAGGCUUCCUCACUAAACGCCUGCAGGAGAUCCCAUCUGCUGCACGAUCAAUAAUGGUUUGGGGUGCUCUCCUAGGAAGUCCAUUUUCAUUCUCGCUGGUCCAAAAACUUCUGACAAGCGAGUUUCUCUUUUACUCGGAUGACGACGACGGAGAGAUUGAUCUCACAUGUCCGCGAAAUUCCAUGUUGAUGAGACAGUCGGAAGGUGAUAUCGUUGUUGGUCUACAGUACCUGGUUCAGGCGAACCUUCUGAACACGGGCAGAACCGAUGAUGAGUUCAAGUUUGGCAAUGAUCGCCUUGCACAGGCUGCUCUCUCUUCUUGGGCGAGAGCCGAAGCUCUGUAUUCAAUGGCCCAUCACGUGGCACUCGCCUCACGAACCAUCAAAUCCCGAGUUGGGCGAAGAGUUGAUUACCGACGAAUCUUAUGGGAAGCUGGCCAGACAGCCGCGCAGUCCGGAGCCCGACCCACUGCUCUCUGGUAUUUCCGCCACUGUAUUGCCCUUCUUCAAAAUGACCCUUGGGAUGCCCGUCAGAUUGACGUUUACUACGACGAAACCAUGCGUCUCUUCAUCGCGACAGCGGAAAUGGCGUGGUCUCAAGGUCAAAAUAACGAUGCCCUUACAUUGAUCGACGCUGUUUUUGGCCACGGCAAGGAUGCCGUGAGCAAGUCAAGGGCUUGGGUAAUCAAAGCCAAAAUAUUCGCUCAAUUGGGAGAUCAUCCUCGGUCGAUGGAAUCGCUACUUAGUUGCCUGGAUGAGCUUGGAGUUCACCUCCGUGCACCGACCUCAUACGAAGAGUGCGAUGCUGCCUACCACAGACUCAAGUUGUAUCUCCAAUCUGCAGACUUUGAUGCGAUCUCGCAGAAGCCACUCAGCAAGGAUUCUAAUUUGGUAACGAUAGGAGCUGUCAUGUCCGAGGCAAUGGCCGUCACGUAUUGGGAUGAUGCUUUAACCUUCUACCGAAUGGCCAUUGAAAUGAUGAACAUUCAUAUUUUCAGAGGGGGAUUCACUCAAAUCUCUAUCGGCUGUUCACAUCUUGCCAUGAUCGCCUUGAGCCGCUUCCGGGACCUUGACUUUGGCGCCAAACUUAGCGAUCUUUCUCUCUCAUUGCUUGAGCGCUCUUCUGAGCUCUGGACCCAGAGCCGAGGUUCCAUCGUUCAUAACCUUUAUGUUAGUCACCUGCGAGUCUCUAUGGCAUCAACCUUGCCGGCCGUUGAAGCCUCGCUCGAAGCUUGCUUCUCAAUGGGCGACCCGUAUAUCACUCUUGUGAGCAUCUCGUCAAUGGCCAUGACUAGGCUCUAUCUCGGACAAGACAUGGCCCAACUGGAGGUCUUUUGUAUCGAGACACCAGAAGAAGUUCCCUUCUGGGGCAAGGACACGCGCGGUGGCGCUAGUAUACUAGCUGUUCGGCAAGUUGCGCGAUCCUUGCAAGGCAAAACAGAUUAUCGGUCGGCUGACAAUGUCAUGUCCGACGACGAACACAAAACAAGUUCGUACAUGACCUAUCUGGAAGCAAAUGCCAGUAACGUCGACAGGCCUCGCGAUAUCUACUUAGGUCUUUCCAUGAUCCCCCUGUGUCUAUAUGGCCACCAUCCCAAAGCCAUUCAGGUUGGAACGCAGCUCUUAGACACCGCAUACAGGCUUUGGUCUUUGCGAGUGACUUAUGUAAUCUAUUUCUAUUUGGCUGUGUCAAUCUUGACACUUCACAACGACUUUCCAUCUCAAGGCUAUCUCGACGGCAAAAUGGACACAGUUCUACGAUACAAGGAGGUGAUUGACUUUGCUAGAACAGCCUCAGAAGCAAAUUAUGGCAUGUGGGCCUUGAUACUAGAGGCCCUCAUCUCUGAAGUCCGAAACGACCAUAGUGCUGCAAUCCAAGCUUAUGAAGCUGCAACUGACCAUUCUCAAAUCCACGGAUGGCCAUUGGAGGAAGCGCUUGCACUUGAGUUGCAGGGAGAGUUCUUAGUGAGGCGCGGUGCAAAACGAGCUGCUAGAUCUGUUAUUUUAGAUGCCAUUGCAGCGUGGAGCUCUAUAGGUGCGGGUGGGAAGGCUACAAUGCUCGCAGAGAAGCAUGAGUGGCUUCUCAAAACCGCCACAUCUGCUAGAACAGUCGACAUUGGCUGCCAAACAGUUGACUCACUACUCGAAAUGACCCGUGAUGUUGUUCAAGAGGAGACUGCCAUUCCUUCGCAGAUCGAGGAAGACGAGAGGAGGCAGCGUUGGAUUGAGCAGAACGGUGUCACGGCAGGCGAGAGGUCCAUGGAUAUUUCAAGUGUCGGUCUAGACAUCAUAGACCUCUCCAGCAUCCUUGAGUCUAGCCAGGUCAUGUCAUCGGAACUCCAGAUCGACAAACUUUUCACGAAAAUGCUAGAGAUCAUUCUUGAGUCAUGCAACGGGUCCGAUUUUGCUGUCAUUGCCACUGAUUUCGACGAACACGGCUUUGCCAUUGCCGCAGCUGCAGAUGCUGAAAAGGGCCAGAAAUCUUAUCCAGAUGGUCGGCCAUUCUCUGAGCUCGAGGGCCGCAUGGCAGAAGAAAUCACCCACUACGUCAUGCGCACUAAAGAAGAGGUUCUCGUCCACAAUGUACUUGAGGACGAACGAUUUUCCAACGUGAACGAGGCUUACCACGCCAACUUUCCUCUUGGACGAUCUGUCAUAGCUCUUCCAAUUGUCCAGGCAGAUCAUCUUCUUGGUGUCAUUCAUUUGGAGGGAAAGCCAAAUUGGUUUACCCAACGAAAUGUUGUCGUUUUGCACCUGCUUUGCAACCAGAUAGGAAUUUCGUUAUCAAAUGCCUUGCUUUUCCGUGAGAUUCGCAAGGUCAGUGCCAAGAACGCUUCUAUGAUAGAAUCUCAAAAGCGCGCCCUCGCACAAGCCCGUGAGUCAGAGCAAAAGGCAAAGGUGGCUGAAGCCGAGGCCAAACAUAACGUCAAACUCAAGGAAGACGCGGCCAGAGCAAAGUCCAUUUUCCUCGCAAAUAUCUCUCACGAUCUUCGUACCCCCAUGAAUGGCGUUAUUGGCCUUUCUGAGCUUCUCAAGGGCACCCAGCUCAACAAAGAGCAGGAUGAAUACGUGGAGUCCAUUCGCGUCUGCGCGGACACUUUACUUACUCUCAUUAAUGACAUUCUCGACUUCUCCAAGCUGGAAGCUGGGAAGAUGAAGAUUUCCACAGUCCCGCUCAACCUUAAGGAGACAAUCUCCGAGGUCAUUCGUGCACUUCGAUAUACCCACCGAGAACGUGACCUGGACACAAUUGAGGAUCUGGAGCGUGUUCCACCGGAGCUUGUCGUUCUCGGAGAUCCCGUUCGUCUCCAUCAAAUAUUCAUGAACUUGCUCAGCAACAGUUACAAGUUCACGCCAAAGGGAUCCAUCACAGUCAAAGCGAGGGUUGCUAGAGAAGGCAAAGGCCGCGUUCGCUUAGAAUGUUCAGUGUCCGAUACCGGUAUAGGUAUUCCCGAGGAGCAAAAAGCACGCUUGUUCCGGCCCUUCUCGCAGGCGGACCCAUCGACGGAGAGGUCCUACGGCGGCAGUGGACUAGGUCUCAGUAUCUGCAAAGCAAUCAUUGAAGAUGUUCUUGGGGGUGCCAUCUGGCUUGAUUCCGAGUCCGGCAUUGGAACCACAGUGACAUUCCACUUGGUAUUCAAUAAAGCGCCCAAGAAGACAGCGGUCAAGGCGGCUUGGUCCCAGGAUUUAAGCCAGACGGACAACAAAGCAGAGGCCAAGGCCAAGGCGCGAGAUCUCAGCCAAAUCCCUCGUGACCAAAUCAAAGUUUGCAUUGCUGAAGAUAAUCCGAUUAAUCAAAAGAUUGCAGUCAAAUUUGUGAACGGACUUGGCCUUCACUGCGAAGCUUACAGCGAUGGCAAACAAGCCGUGGACGCAUUGCGUGCAAAGUCCAAAGAUGGCAACCCAUUCCAUGUCGUUUUGAUGGAUGUCAUGAUGCCCACGCUUGAUGGAUACAAUGCCACUCGGGAACUGCGACGAGAUCCUGAUCCAAACGUGAAUGAGGUUCUCGUCAUCGCCAUGACCGCAAGUGCCAUUGAAGGCGACAGAGAGAAAUGCCUCGAGGCUGGGAUGAACAAUUACCUUCCAAAACCAGUACGAUCCCCAAUUCUGAGCGAGUUGUUGGACAAAUACCUUGCUCCCGUCCCUUCACAUCCCCGCACCCGACUCGCGAUUCGACAAAAGGGCUCAAGGGGAAGCAUUGGGCCCGAUGCUGGUACCCCAACUAGCUUCUCUUCUUCGGGAUCCGACGAUAUCAAGCACACACAAUUUUCAAACUCUGAGGGGAAAUAG